AUGAUGAGGGGACAAGGAGGACAGCAGCAGGGGCAUGACGAGGGGGAAAUGGUGGAAAUCGAUGUUCUUCAAGGCCAUCACCACCCUCACCAGCAACAAUAUCAACAACCGUACCAGCAGAACAACACCUCCUCUCCGAGCCAGAACCAGCAGUACCAUCAGGACCAGUACCACCAGGAUCAGUACGGCCAGAACCAGUACCAGGAGUACAACCAGAACCCGUACGGAGGCUCCUACGCCAGCACUCUCAACGAGUCCCAGCCCGACUUCCCCUUCGCCCGCGCCCUCACGAGCAACGCCCCGUCGCCGCAGCCCCAGCAGCAGCAGUUCCAGACGCCGCCGCCGCAGUUCGCGCAACCUCCUGCCAUCGCAGGCGGCGACGAGUACGGUCCUCCAGGCUGGGCAAACCGUCACUCCAUCGGCAUGUCGGGCGCACCGUCCAUCGGGCCCUCCAUCUCGGGGAUGGACACUCCCGUCGAUUCUCGCGCGGCUACGCCCACGCUGAAGAGUGGCCAGCAGACGCCGUUCGACUACCUCCCCGCCCCGAGGCAUCCGUGGUCAACUGAUUCUGCACCGAACAGCCCAAUGAACCAGAGCCACCAGAGUCUGCAGACUCUGCUCCCUGGCCAGGCGUCUCCGGUGCUCAACAAGGAAUGGGUGGAGGGCAGCGACCAGAUCGCGAGACUUCACAAGCGCGACGACUCCGAGAUCUGGGGCGGCUGGAAGCGCAAGCUCUUCAAGCUGGUCCCCUUCCUGAUCCUCUUCGCUACCGCCAUGUACCUCGCCUACCUCGCCCUGCGUAUCUACUGCGUCAUCUCCGCGCAGCAGAUCGCCAAGGAAAUCUACUCGCAGGCCUGGGUCUUCAUCGCCGUCGAGAUCGCCGUCGCCAUCCCCUCGCUCAUGCACAACAUCUGGACCAUGUGGUCGAUGAAGAAGCGCCACCGCCCCAAGCUCCGCCUCAUGGGCGACGAGGUCCCCACGGUCGACGCCCUGGUGACAUGCUGCGGCGAGGAGGACGACCUGGUCCUCGACACCGUCCGCGCUGCCUGCGACAUCGACUACCCCCGCGACCGGUUCCGUGUCAUCGUGUGCGACGACGGCAAGUCGGCCGGCCUGGAGGCCGGCAUCGCCGCCUUGGCCAUGACCUACCCGAACGUCUUCUACCUCGCCCGCCCGAAGUACCCCGGAGUUCCUCACCACUUCAAGGCCGGUAACCUCAACCACGCUCUCGACUAUGUCCACACCAUGCCCGGAGGUGCCGGCCAGUUCAUGGCUGCUCUCGACGCCGACAUGAUCCCCGAGCGCGACUGGCUCCGUGCCAUUCUGCCUCACAUGCUCAUCGACCCGAAGGUGGCUCUCGCCUGCCCCCCGCAGCUCUUCUACAACACCCCGCCCUCCGACCCGCUGGCCCAGAGUUUGGACUUCUUCGUUCACGUCAUCGAGCCCGUCAAGGACGCCCUUGGCGUCGCCUGGUGCACCGGUUCCGGCUACGUCGUCCGCCGCGAGGCCCUCGAUGAGAUUGGCAACUUCCCUCUCGGCUCCCUGGCCGAGGACGUCGCGACCUCGACUCUGAUGCUUGGCAAGGGCUGGAAGACGGCCUACAUCCACGAGCCCCUCCAAUUCGGCACCGUCCCCGAGGACUAUGGCGGCCAUCUCAAGCAGCGCACCCGCUGGGCCAUCGGAACCGUCGACACCUCGUUCAAGCUCAACUUCUGCCUGUGGGGCGACAAGGUCAAAAACAUGACGGCCGCCCAGCGCUUCUCUGGCUUCCUGUACGCGACGCUCAGCUUGUACACCAUCCUCCUGACCAUCUCCAUGUUCGCCAUCCCCAUCAUCCUGGUCAUGGGCAAGCCCCUUGUCGCCUACGCCAAUUACGAGCAGCUCCGCUGGCUCAUCCGCGCCUGCUUCGCCACCACCGUCUCCAACCGCCUCUGCGAGUUCGCCCUCUUCAUCCCGGCCGGCUACCACACCGGCCAGCGCGGUUCCCGCUACCAGCUCUGGAUGUCGCCAUACAUCGCCCUCUGCAUCAUCCGCUCCUUCAUCCUGCCCACCUGGCUCGGCGGCCAGACGCAGGCCUUCAAGCCCACCGGCUCCCUCGGCUCCGCCCUCAACGAGCGCGACCCUAAGACCCGCAAGAACAUGUUCCGCCGCCUCUGGGGCGUCCUCAUCAACUACAUGGCCAUCUUCCACCUGUCCUUCGUCUACCUCACCCUCGUCGGCGUCGUCCUCACCUCGUACAAGUCCUUCUACCUCAACAGCGACCUGCGCGACCUGCUCAUCAGCCUCAUCACCCACGCCUUCUGGCCGCCCCUGACCUUCAUCUUCAUCUGCAGCUCCCUGUGGACGCCCAUCGCCUACGCCAUCGACCCGCCCAACAUGCCCGACCGCGAGGCCCUGCUCGACCGCGAUCCCAAGACCUUCGUCGCGCACCCGUCCCCCGGCAGCAAGAAGAUCGCCUUCGGCGGCCAGGCCGCCUGGUUCGAGACCGAGCUGACCAUCACGACGGCCUACACCAUCCUCAUCUUCGUCUGCUCUUUCUUCUUCUAG